UCGCCCACAUCUUCCCCAGCUCUGCUAUGGCCAACAUCGGGCAAGGCUUGGUACUGCUGCUGCUGCUGCUGCUACUGACAGCCCAACCAGGGCCCCUGAAGGCUCAGCACUGGUCCCAUGGCUGGUAUCCUGGAGGAAAACGAAGCCCCGACUCACCUCAGGAACCUCAGCCUGCUCCAAGGUUCCCAGCAGGCAACCCACGCCAGAGUGCCCAAAGCCUCCCAAGCGGUGCCUUGGUACCUCCUGAGGACACUGUUUCCGAGGAAGCCAAGACCAUGGCCUGGUGGCUCCUCCAAAAGCAGCGCCUGAUGCAGACAUUGCUGCCCCGACCCUGAGCGAGCCCGCCGCGCCCUCCGAGCCUCCAAUAAAGACGCGCCUCCGAACGGUG